CGAUUUACAACCCAGCUAUCUAGAAUCAGGAUAUCCUCAAAGAUUCUUUCUUGCAAGUUAUCGAAUAUCGACUGCUACUCAGAAAGAUUCACAAUUUUGUCGAGCAUCUUCAUCAAUUUGCCAUCGACAAACAUAGAUUGUCAGCCCGGGUUUCGGGAUGUCUGGGAUAGAGGCUUUCGCCGUUUUCCAGAUCGUUGAGAGCGUUAAGCAGAGCGUUGAGAUCGUUGACCGGCUCGCUAUCCAGCAUAGCAACAGCGACCUCAUUACUUCCUGCCGGAAAUUGCGCCAUGCCGUUAUGGUUGUUCGAAGUCGUGAUAGUUGGCCUUCGAAGAGAGAGGAAUAUCAUCACUCGCAUGACCACACACCCAUUUUUUAUGUGAAAGGGGGUGCGGCUAACUUUGUCAACACAAGAGAAAGAAUAAAACAAUAUGGCAGAAUCCGCAUUGCACUUGUUGAGGGUGAUGCUGAAAGAAACUGUAUUACCCUUAUGGGAAGCACUGCCUUUUUACCAAUCGCCCAUCCUGACGCAAGAACACAAAACUCUCUCCUUUGUCAGGCGUAUAAUUCAUGGUGUAAACCACGUCUUCAAAAUUCAGAGUUCCUUCAAUACCUUCAUGCUACAAGAAGCUGCACUAGCCUCAUAGGAAACACUGCCUUGCUUUCAACCGGAAAGCUCCCACCAUACUCUCAUACUGAAAAACCCUAUACAUCCCUAUGGAAAGCUGCCUUGCUACCAACCGAAGAGGUCCCACAUUACAUCCAAAUUGGAAAAACCUAUCCAUCUUCCACAUGGGAACUUUUCGAUAGGACCGAUGGCUUUCUAAUCGAUUUCAACGUCUGGAGAAAUGAACUCUGCGCAAACCAGGAAGGAGAGAAGGAUGAUUUGCAAAGUUCUGUCUAUGGGGCUAUUGCGACGAAGAAACAUUGGUUUGUAGACAACGAAGCCCGUUGGCAAGAUACGUCGACACAUGCAAAACCCAAUAUCGACCACCGGCAAAUUUUGUGUUCCUGCCGAAAUCCAGCAUUGCAGAGCAAUCAUCGAAGGAAUCGAAUAUGCAUCAAUCUUUGCGCAGUACCCGGACUGGUCGUUUCGUCGUACGUAUUGUCGAGAUACAUUGUACAGACCUCAUUAUCAACGAUGAAGGGGACGAUAUUGCAUCGCAAUCUCACAGGGUUCCCAGUUAUCGAUCAUCCAAGCUCCACAACUUUUGUGUUCGUGGUCCUCAUGUACGGCAUAUGCUCUAUGUCAAUGUACCGAGCGAAUUCACAUCACUUCUAUCAACAGCAUACGAUCUGUCUUUCCAUCAUCUGUGUUGUGAUAUUCCAACUUUUUCGAUAUCCGAGUCUGAAUGAAGCUUUGGGUAUGGCGGCGGCUGUAAUACCUGCUGGUGUCACAAUCGCACUGGUUGUAAGCGUGGUGUUACACUUCUGGUCUCCUAGCUACGAGGAGGUCUUAUUUCAGGAUUUGAUUCAGAAGGUCGAGAAGAUGGUCUAUAAAGGAGAGAUGGAUUUGCUCUAGGCGAGAUUUAUGAACGAGGGAGAAGCGCGUCUCAUUACUGUCUUUUUUGGUUAGGAUCGUGAGUAUUGAGUCUUGAGACUCUACGUUGAACAUUCCCAAAUUCUGGCAAUGUCUGUUUUGAUAGUCAGUUCGUGACUAGAAAGCAAUAUAUGUGGUAUUUGCAAAAACUUUGCAGACAGGAUUCUUGCAAAGAAUGCCAACUACUGCACCUUUUAGACUCGUUGUUUCCU